CCUGCUUAUAUUCUCUCCCUCAAAUAUCAAUCUCUCAAUAAAUCAAAAAAAAAAAAAAAACUCUUUCUUUCAUAUUUCAAUGGCAAGUGAACAUGAAUUUUCACUUUCACGUGCAACACACAUGCAAUAUUUUACAGAUGAUGAUGAUGAAGAAGAAGAAGAAGAAGAAGAAGGAGAAGAUGAAUUACUGGAAGAUGAAGUUGAUGAAGAAGAGAGUUCAGGUGAUAGAAGAAGCUUGUAUUUCAUGUGCGGCGGUUCUCGUCGGAAAAGUUGGUCGUUGGGGCAAGUUUUUGACCCAAGAGCCAAAUGGGUUCAAGAAUGGAAUAGGGUUUUCCUCCUUGUGUGUGCCACAGGCCUUUUUGUUGACCCAUUAUUCUUCUACGCUCUCUCUAUAAGUGACACUUGUAUGUGCCUCUUCGUCGACGGGUGGCUCGCCAUCACAGUGACGGUGCUCCGGUGCAUGACCGACGCCCUGCAUGUUUGGAACAUGUGGCUGCAACUGGAGAUGGCCAAGAAAUCAUCGUACCAACGCAAUGACCACGGUGGUGAAGACCAAGGCGAAGGUGAAGCUGGAGGAGCUAGGCCCCGUGGAGCCAUUGCUCGCCGCCUGGCCUUUAAGUACUUGAAAGCCAAGAAGGGAUUCCUGUUUGAUGUCCUAGUAAUCCUACCCCUACCCCAGAUUGUAUUAUGGGUGGCAAUUCCAUCUCUGUUGGAAAAGGGAUCGAUAACCCUAGUAAUGACAGUGUUCUUGAUUAUCUUCCUCUUUCAAUACCUUCCGAAGAUCUACCACUCGGUUUGCCUCCUACGCUGUAUGCAAAACCUUUCCGGUUACAUCUUUGGAACCGUUUGGUGGGGGAUUGCUCUCAAUAUGAUUGCUUAUUUUGUUGCUUCACAUGCUGCGGGGGCAUGCUGGUACUUGCUAGGGAUCCAGAGGACAGCAAAGUGCCUAAAAGAGCAAUGCAGAGGAGUAGAGGGUUGUGACCUGAGACUAUUGGCUUGCAAAGACCCAAUUUACUAUGGAACAAGUAGUAUGGUCAGGGAUAGAGCAAGGGUGGCUUGGCCAGAAAACAAGCAAGCAAGAAGCACAUGCAUUGAUAGUCCUGAUAACUAUGAUUAUGGAGCUUAUAAAUGGACUGUUCAGCUUGUAACAAAUGAUAGUCGCCUUGAAAAGAUACUUUUUCCUAUCUUUUGGGGCCUCAUGACUCUCAGCACUUUUGGGAACUUGGAAAGCACAACAGAAUGGCUAGAAGUUGUUUUCAACAUCAUUGUUCUUACCAGUGGACUUCUUCUGGUCACAAUGUUAAUUGGAAACAUCAAGGUGUUUUUGCAUGCAACUACGUCAAAGAAACAAGCAAUGCAGCUGAAGAUGAGGAAUAUAGAGUGGUGGAUGAGGAAGAGGCGCCUGCCUUCAGGGUUCCGGCAGAGGGUUCGGAACUACGAGCGACAACGGUGGGCGGCAAUGCGCGGCGUCGAUGAAUGUGAGAUGAUCAGGAACCUCCCUGAGGGGCUUAGGAGAGAUAUCAAGUACCAUCUUUGCCUGGAUUUAGUUAGACAGGUACCAUUAUUCCAACACAUGGAUGAUUUGGUCCUAGAGAAUAUAUGUGAUCGUGUUAAGUCUCUAAUUUUCACCAAAGGAGAAACUAUAACCAGAGAAGGUGACCCGGUACAAAGAAUGCUUUUUGUAGUAAGGGGACAUCUUCAAAGUAGCCAAGUUCUCCGAGAUGGUGUGAAAAGUUGCUGCAUGUUAGGCCCUGGAAAUUUCAGCGGUGAUGAGCUCUUGUCAUGGUGUCUUCGAAGACCAUUUAUCGAAAGGCUCCCACCAUCGUCUUCAACACUUGUAACUCUUGAAACUACUGAGGCAUUUGGCCUGGAAGCUGAAGAUGUCAAAUAUGUUACACAACAUUUUAGGUACACGUUUGUCAAUGAAAGAGUGAAGAGGAGUGCCAGGUAUUAUUCUCCCGGGUGGAGGACUUGGGCAGCUGUGGCAAUUCAGUUGGCCUGGAGGAGAUAUAGGCACCGGUUAACGCUUACUUCGCUGUCGUUUAUUAGGCCUCGGAGGCCACUGUCCAGGAGUAAUUCAUUGGGGGAGGACAGGCUGAGGCUUUAUACAGCUAUGUUGACUUCACCAAAGCCAAAUCAAAAUGAUUUUGAAUUUUGAGAAGGUGAAAAAUGCUUAUGAAAUGUAGAAUUUACUUGGUGAAAGUGCAGCUGUAGACUCUGAAGGUCCAGUAUGUUCGGGUAUUUUAGAAUAGCGCAUGUUCUUAUACCAUUUCUAACGACCUGAUUCAGUAUGAGAGUACUGUUUGUUUUGACUCUGCCUCCGGUUUUGUUUUAAAAAAUGCUGAAUCUACAUCUAUAUCAAUAAUAUUUUCAACCUUUAAAUUCGAGUCUUAGUUUAAUUGGUUUAUGUAACCUUUCAAUAGGUUUGAAGUUCAAAUCUUAAAAUCAUUAAUCUCUUCAAUAAAACUAUGAUCUCCUUUGUUAAAAAAAAAAAAAAAUCAAUCUUUCAUGUGAAAUUGGAGGCCUUAAAAUAGCUUCCAUUGUUUUAAAAUGAGCUUA